AUGGACCAUGCGUCGCAUCCUCCCUCCCACGCUCAUACCCCAGGUUCGACCCCGAUUUCUCCACAAAACUGCGAAUUUGAUCAGACUCCUGGCAUGCAGCGGAAUGACGACCGCCGGGGCACCAGUCCACCGAUGACGGGCUCGAUUGUCGGGAAGAAGAGAAAGGCACCCACUACAUCUCGCGGCGUUGCGAACCUUACGCCUGAGCAAUUAGCGAAGAAACGUGCAAAUGACAGGGAAGCUCAAAGAGCCAUUCGGAAAAGGACAAAGGCACAAAUAGAAGCGCUGGAGAGACGGGUUCAAGAGUUGACUUCACAGCAGCCUUAUCAGGAUCUUCAGGAGGCUUUGCGGCAGAAGCAGCUGGCCCAAGCGGAAAAUGAAGAUAUCCGGAGACGAUUGGGGUCUGUAAUGGCUAUCCUCCGCCCCAUUCUAGCCUCUGCAAAUUCGAGGAGCAGUACUGGCCCAACUGGUGGUAACAACGGCGACGCAGAAGAGUCGCGCCCGCCGCUUGACCCCCUUGGCGUGUGGGCAUCGCACCUAGACUCGGCCAUUCCUUCCCCCGAUCCCCAUUCAGACACUUCAUCACAACGACGAGACUCUCUUUCGCACCCGCCUGACCAUUCUGUGAGAACUCCGGCUAGCCUUGAGUCGCUGACAGGCGGCACGACAUAUGACGGGUCACAACGAGGGCUUCAUAGUCCUUCGCCAUCCCUUUCUGGUACGGUACAGGGAUACAAACACAACUGGCACCCGAAUCCCUCAUAUUUUCAUUUCAACGAACAGGGUUUACAAUCAUGUAAUGGAUUCGAUUUUCAGAAGCGCAACCUUGUCCAUGGUCUGGAGUUUUCUGGCUCUGGGGAAAGGCUCGGUCUGAACUUUCUCGUCGACUCUUCCAGACAGGGCCUGAAAAUUCAAGAAAUGAGCCCUCAGACUACAUCUCCUUCCUAUGAUGUUCAACCCCGGUAUCAGCAAAAUUUCCCCGUUCCUCCGAAUAACCUUUUUGACACGACCUUACCGCCGUUCGGCAUCCCUGUCCGAAAUGCUGAGCCAACAUGCCCGCUCGAUUGUAUCCUUCUCAACUUUCUUCGCAGCCGCCAAAGAGAGGCUGCUGAAGGAGUUUCCAAAGGCCACCUUGUUGGACCGCCUUAUCCUAGCGUUUCAUCUCUCCUCAAUCCAGAAAAAAGCGCUAAUUCCCACCCUCUGUCCAAAGUCUUCACUGACAUUAUUAGCAAAUUUCCGGACAUUAGGGAUCUCCCCGAAAAGGUUGCUGUGGUCUAUGUUAUGUUUUUACUCAUGCGCUGGCAAAUCUACCCGACUCGGGAAAACUACGACCGUCUACCCGAAUGGAUUACGCCGCGAACCUCACAACUCGUUACGCCGCAUCCAGCGUGGAUGGACUACCUUCCGUGGCCACGCAUGCGUGAUCGUAUGAUCGCUUCAUACACCGACUACGACUUUAACAACUGGUUUAUUCCCUACACAACAACUUUAAGUAUAAACUGGCCGUACGCGGAUUCGGAUACAUUACUGGCGAUUCCAAAUUCAGAGGAAUAUGUGAUCAACCCGGUUUUUGAAAGGCACCUGCGGAACCUGAAUAACUGGUCUCUUGGGCCAGCAUUCGCCAAACAUUAUCCUGGCUUGGUCGAUACCUGUCGCAUUAAAACGAGUCCAUGGGAUACAGCGACAAAUGGAGCAUGA